UUUGGCCAGUGCACUCUGGUGCGGUCAAGGUAAAAGCUAUCAGCAGCCUUAUCAGUGGUUUCGGAAGCAUCAUUGAAAGCCAAGGUGAUUCUUUCCGACCAUAACUGUACAAGUCAUCAAAGCGAAAAGAUGUUCAGACAUGGAGUGGCGGUUGUAAUAAUUCUAGUGGGGCUUUUGGCGGAGGACAGUCUGUCAGCACAUCGGGACACUCGAGGAGUACAUGUAAAAUUGCCGAGCAGUGCCGGUGCUGCUGCCGUUUCCGGAGCAGUGCGUAAUUUGAAGGAGAAGAUAGAGCAGCAGACGGAGGUUCUAAAUCGCCUAGCCAAUGCCACGGAGAAGCUGUCAGAAAAAUCGGGCAUCUUCCUACGUAAUUGUGCCUUGACUGACAUCCAUGGCUAUACUCGCAUUCAACUGGAGGAAGGCAGCCGACCAUUCGACGUCUUUUGCGAACAGGCUCUUGACCAGGGUGGAUGGACUUUGGUUCUGCAGCGAUUCAAUGGCACUCAUCGCUCCGCAAAAGAAUUCCGUGAAGGGUACAAUAGCAUUGUGGAUGGCGAGUACUUCCUGGGCACCGACAAGUUAUACGCGUUAACUCACUCACGAGACCACGAGCUGCUCUUCGUUAUGGAGUUUGUAGACAGGAGCACUCUUACUUACCAGGCACAACGGUUCGUUUUGCAGAACCCCAUGGCUCAUUUAUCUUGGGAAAAGGAGCAGGACACCCCCCGUUAUAGUUGGUCCUUGUGGCAGCAGGAGACCGCUCGCUUGCCGGAAGGAAAAUCAUGGCAGUGGGAGUCAUCGCAGAGCUGUUCCUCAGAUUUGUGUGGCCCGGAGAAAUUCAUGGUUUUCCUUCUAAAGUGGAACUUCGCUAUACCGAACAGUAGCCCAAUAAUGGGACGUCCUGCUAUUCGACUAUUUAAGCUUCUUCUCCGCCCAUCCAAUGCCUACUGGACUGUUCGAAACCCAUGACGUGAUUAAUGAAUCGGUCUUAUUUUUCCUACAAAACUGAUUUGAUCUUUAAAAUAAGUUAAUAUUCCAUUAAAUACCCGACCCAAAUAAGUCA